AUGAAUCUAUUAAUUAAUCGCAAUGAAAAUGCUAGUAGAAUUAGAGCUGAAAAUGCUAGUGGAAUCAAAAUUGAAGAACACAAAGCUAUGCUAGUUGAAUUGGUGUUGAAAAAUAAACAUAAAGUAUGA